UUAACAGAGCGCCCGAGGAAGGUCCGCCGCUCCCGGCCAUCUUAUCAAGCUCGGAUUCUGUACUUCUCGUCCCGGCCGUUCCACCCCGCUUUCCCGAUGAUUACCACCGCGCGGCCGUGACCAGCCACGCCGCCCUGCCUGUCAACGUCUCCCACCGCCAACGCCCGCAAUGGCGCCGUCGCCAUCCAAGCCGGUCGCGCUGGGCGGCACCGCCGCGCGCGCCCGCACCAUCCGCACCAUCGUCACGCAGCUCACGUCCAUGUAUCUGCGCAACCGCACCCGCAUCUCCCGCGCCAUCUACAUCACCCUGUUUGUCGCUCUCGUCAACCGGAUCCGCAAUUCCAUCGCCGAUCAGAAACGGGCCUCGGCCCGCGAGGCAGAGGAGCGCUCCCGGAGGGCCGGCACCACUUCCAUGACGGGCGAUGACGAAGAAGGGAGAAAGAAAAAGGUCGGGCUGAACCGCGAGUUCCUCCGCUCGCUGUUGAGGCUCCUCCGCAUCGUCGUGCCGGGGUGGCGGUCCAAGGAGACGCAGUACCUCAUCAGCCACAGCUUCUUCCUGGUCCUGCGCACCCUGAUCAGCCUCAAGGUCGCGGCCAUGGACGGCGCGAUCGUGAAGGCGCUGAUCAAGGGAAACGGGCGCGAGUUCCUGAUGCGCAUCUUGUGGUGGAUGCUGAUCGCCGUGCCCGCCACUUUCACCAACUCGAUGCUGGCAUACCACCAGUCGGAGCUCUCUCUCCGCUACCGCACGCGGUUGACCGAGUAUAUUCACGACAAGUACUUGUCUCAGCUGACCUUCUACGGAAUCUCGGCCCUGGACGACAGGAUUAAGAACGCCGACCAGUUGAUUGCCGUGGACGUCACAAAAUUCUCAAACAACCUGGCCGAACUCUACAGCAACCUUGCGAAACCAAUUCUGGAUAUGACAAUUUACACCAUCUCGCUCUCACGCGCCGUCGGCGGCGAGGGCGUCGUCUUCAUGUCGCUGCUGGUCCAGCUCUCGGCAACAGUGAUGCGAGCGUUGACACCCCCGUUUGGCAAAUACGUGGCCGACGAGGCGAGGCUGGAGGGCGAGUUCCGCUUCCAGCACUCGAGGUUGAUAGACCACGCCGAGGAGGUCGCCCUGUACGCGGGCCACGAGGCCGAAAAGGACACGCUCGACAAGGGCUACUUCACCCUGAUUAAGCAUAUCAAUUACCUCCUUCGGAAGCGCUUCUACCACGGCUUCAUGGAGGACUACGUCGUCAAGUACAUCUGGGGCGCCCUGGGACUGAUUCUCUGCAGCUUUCCCGUGUUCUUCAAGCUCCCCGGGCAGGUCGUCUCCAGCAUGGGCGACCGGACGGAGAGCUUCGUGACCAACCGGCGGAUGCUCCUGGGCGCCUCGGACGCCUUCGGCCGUCUGAUGUUCUCGUACAAGGAAAUCAUGGAGCUCGCCGGCUACACCUCGCGCGUCUCGUCCCUCCUCGACGUCAUGCAGGACGUGCAGGCCGGCAAGUUCUCCAAGAAGCUCGUCUCGAGCUCCGACACGGAAGCGAACGCCGCCGUGCUCAGGGGCCGUGGCAAGACCUUUGUCAGCAACGACAUCCGAUUCGUCGAUGUGCCCAUCAUCUCCCCCAAUGGCGAUGUUCUCGUUCCGGCCCUCUCCUUCUCCCUCAAACAGGGCGAUCACCUCCUGGUCGUCGGCCCCAACGGCUGCGGCAAGUCCUCCCUCUUCCGCAUCCUCGGCGGUCUCUGGCCCGUCUACGGCGGCACCGUCUACAAGCCGCCCUUCCACGAGAUCUUCUACAUCCCGCAGCGCCCGUAUCUCUCGAGCGGCACCCUCCGCCAGCAGAUCAUCUACCCGGACAACCUCACCACCAUGCGCAACAAGGGCGUCACCGACGCGGACCUGGAGGCCAUCAUCCGCACCCUCUCCCUCGAUCACCUCCUCGACGUGUACCCGGAUAGGUGGGACGCCCAGGCCGAGUGGAAAGACGUCUUGUCGGGCGGCGUGCAGCAGCGCAUCGCCAUGGCCCGGCUGUUCUAUCACCGGCCCCGCUACGCCAUCCUGGACGAGUGCACCAGCAGCGUCACGCUCGAGACCGAGAAGGUCAUGUACGACACCGCCAAGGAUUUGGGCAUCACCCUGAUGACUGUCAGCCACCGCCGCAGCCUGUGGAAGUACCACACACAUAUCCUGCAGUUUGACGGCCAGGGACACUACGUCUUUAGCAAGCUAGACGCCGAGAGGCGGCUGAAGCUGGAGGACGAGAGGGAAGAUCUGGAGGUGCUCCUGAGGGGCGUGCCCGAGAUCGAGAGGCGUGUGAAGGAGUUGGCGGGUGAGGAUUAGGCAUCCACAGCACGAGAUCAAGAGAGAGUGGAAGGGGAUCCUCUAGAAGCCCAGCAGCCGGGAGGAGAGAUUGAAGGGAGGUGAUGGAGGUAUUUCAUUACCUCCGCGGAAGUGUCCUUGGCGCACCGUUUCCCUCGGCACUUUGUAGCACUCGUGUGUGCUUCGGUAGUGCGGUCGCUGGGAAGGCUCUCUUCAAAUGGAGGUGUGGAGGGAGGACCGCCAAUUGAACUGGGUGGA